GCAUUGGACAGACAGAGAGUGAAAGAGAGGGCAGGGAGAGGGAGAGAAGGAGAGAGACGGGGGGAGCAGAGAAGAGGGAAGAGAGAGGGAGGGAGGGAGAGAGAGAGAGAGAAGAGAGAGGGAAAGAGCGGAAGAAAGGAGAAAGCGAGAGCGAAGUGCCGCUGCAGAUAAUUGAUUACUCCUCGAUCAGGGCUAACUUGUUAGCAAUAGUCAAUUGCCCCAUCUCUCCGCCUCCCCUCGCAGUACGGAAUCUGCGCCCUCGCUUCGGCUCCUCCAACUGCCGCCGCCAGGACCCGGGGCCAGGAGCCGCGGCGGAGCCACCUGACACCUUUAAAUAGCACCGGGGCUGGCGAAACUGGAGCCCCGCGCGACGCGCCCCGGCUCGGGCCCCGGAUUGCUGGAAGCCCCGGCGGCGGCGGUGCCGGCGCCAGCGCCCUCCUCCCGGGGCCCCGCGCGGCUCUGCCCGCCUCUGCCGCUGCGCUAGGCGGCCCGCGCCCAGCCCGGCGCGGCCUGCUCCCCGCCCGGCGCCCGAGCUGCCCGCGGGCUGGGUGCCCGCGGCCCGAGCCGCCCCGGCCGGGCCCCCCAACGAGGCCGAGAUGACUUCGAAGGAGGAUGGCAAGGCGGCGCCAGGGGAGGAGCGGAGGCGCAGCCCGCUGGACCACCUGCCGCCGCCCGCCAACUCCAACAAGCCUCUGACGCCGUUCAGCAUCGAGGACAUCCUCAACAAGCCGUCUGUGCGGAGAAGUUACUCGCUGUGCGGGGCGGCGCACCUGCUGGCGGCCGCGGACAAGCACGCGCCGGGCGGCUUGCCCCUGGCGGGCCGCGCGCUGCUCUCGCAGACCUCGCCGCUGUGCGCGCUGGAGGAGCUCGCCAGCAAGACCUUUAAGGGGCUGGAGGUCAGCGUCCUGCAGGCAGCCGAAGGCCGCGACGGGAUGACCAUCUUUGGGCAGCGGCAGACCCCUAAGAAGCGGCGAAAGUCCCGCACGGCCUUCACCAACCACCAGAUCUACGAGUUGGAGAAGCGCUUCCUCUACCAGAAGUACCUGUCCCCGGCCGACCGCGACCAGAUCGCGCAGCAGCUGGGCCUCACCAACGCUCAGGUCAUCACCUGGUUCCAGAACCGGCGCGCCAAGCUCAAGCGAGACCUGGAGGAGAUGAAGGCCGACGUGGAGUCCGCCAAGAAACUGGGCCCCAGCGGGCAGAUGGACAUCGUGGCUCUGGCCGAACUCGAGCAGAACUCGGAGGCCUCGGGCGGCGGGGGCGGCGGUUGUGGCCGGGCCAAGUCGAGGCCUGGCUCGCCCUCGCUCCCCCCUGGCGCCCCGCAGGCCCCGGGCGCCGGGCCCCUGCAGCUCUCACCCGCCUCCCCGCUCACUGACCAGCCGGUCAGCAGCCAGGACUGCUCAGAGGACGAGGAGGACGAAGAGAUCGACGUGGACGAUUGAGAGGCGCCCGGGUGCUGCCACCAGUCCAGGCCCGGAGCGCCGGCGCGCCUGCCGCCUCCCGGACCAGACCACGGAGGGGAGCUGGGACCUCCUCUGUCACUCCCGCCUUCUCCCCUGCUCCCGGCCGGGACUCGGCUCUCGUCGGCCGCCUCUUCCCUCUCGAAGCAAUAAAUCCGGGCUGGCCGGCGGGGCCGGCUGCCGCUCGCGGCCUCCGCCGCUGCGCGAGCCCUUGCCGUGCAGUUCUGUAUGGCUUCUGUAUAAAUAUUUAAACCUCUAUAUAGGGUUCUUCCCA